CAGCGGCAAAGCAAAGACGUUUUCAAAUAUUGUUACACUUCCUUUAAAUUUAAAAAAAAAACAAGCAAAAAUAUUUCACAUGAUGUCAGUUAAUGCUAAAGCAUGAGAGGUCUUCGACGAGUGUGUUUUAAUCGUUGUUUCUAGAUGUUUUUCGGUUUUGGGGGGUUGGGGUGUGUUUGUUGUCAUAGGGACGCCGAACAUGGCGUCACAUUCACACAGACGCGGACUCGAGUAAACGCUCCAGAACUUUUAUUCAAAACUCAUUCUAAACUGGGGAUUUACAUUACAAUACAAGAUUGGAUAAACUGAUAUAGACGUGAAUUUGUGAAUUUAAAACUGAUGAUUUAUUUGUCACACUGACCUCAUGCCUCAGUCAUCUGCUACCCGGCAACGCCCUGGCAACAGGGUCAACCGUAAAGACGGCGGUCACAGUGUUUCCACACCGCAGGAAGUCACCCUGUCACCUGGAGGCUCGCAGGACGAGAUCAACAGACUCCGAGACCAGAUCGAUCGGUUGCAGAGAGACAGACGGGUCAGUGAGAGAGAGACAGGCGACGGCUUUACUCUCACUGCAGAACUGAGGUGGAAACUCAACCAGCUGGAAAAAGAGAAGCUGCAGUUCACGUCCAAAUGCAACGAGGAGGUGUCACAGUAUGAAGCUCAGGUUGCCCGGUUACGGGCGCAGGUGGAGCGUGGAGAGGCUCAGCGACAGACGCUGGAGUAUGAUGUUGCCGUGGCGAGGAGGGAUGUUGCGGUCGAGAGGAGAAAAAGUGAAGAGAAGAUGAGAGACCUGAGAGGACACAAUCUGAAGCUGGAGGGUGUCGUCUCAGAGCUGCAUCAGAGAGCGUGUGAUGUUCAGAGAUCUCUAGAGAUCACACAGAAGGCACGUGAAGAUGAUCAUCAGGACCUCCAGACGCAGCUGCACGAGAGAGACCGUCUGCUGCUGAACGCAAACGCUGAGAACCACCGUCUGCACGCUGACCAGAGCCGUCUGGAGACGCUCAUACAGGAACAGACCGACACUCUACAUCAGAUGGAAGAAGAAAUGGAGAGAAUGGAGAGCGAGAGAGAGAGCGACAGAGAGAAACUGAAAAACACAUCCGCAGACGUGCAGCGCAGCACUGACAGAGAAGACAAACUGAGAGCUGACCUGCAGUCGGCUCUGGAGAAAGUGAAGGUUCUGGAGCAGAAUUUCGAGUCCGAACGAGUCGCUCACCUGGAGUCUAGAUUAAACUCUGACAUCAUGCAGGUGAAGGUGAAGGAUCUGGAGGACGCUCUCGGGCUGGAGAAGAGCAGUCACGCUGACCUUGUGUCCCGUCUGGAGAUGUUGAAGCAGAAGUUGAGUGAGGUGGAGAGAGCGUACACUCGUGAGAAAGACCAAUCACAACACGUCACACACAAACUCACACAGAUGGAGAAAGAUCAUAUAAACAUGAAGACUGAUCUGAUUGGCCAGCUGGAUCAAGAGAAGGCCCGGGCUGCUGAUCUGAUUGGUCAGUUAGAGAAGCUGUCAGUCAGACUGCAGGAGCAAGAGAGAGAGUGUACAGAGAGACUACAGCAAAUCAACCAGGUGCAGAGGUCUCUGGUGUGUGUGCAGCAGUCAUAUGACGGUGUGUUGUGUGAUAUUGUGGAGUUGUUGCAGGAGUAUCAGCAGCAGGGGGCAGCACACACUCAUCAUACAGAAGGAGAUAAACCAAACGCAUCUGCUCUGUUGGACAUCCUGAGAAGAACCUUACACAACUACAAAACACAGUUGCAGGAGAGUGUGGUGGUGAUGCAGAAGUUGACUCAUGAGAUGUUAGUGAAGGAUGAGAAGAUCACAGAGCUACAGAAGAACAUACAGGAGUGUGAGGCGCAGUGUGUGUGUGUAAAUAAAGAGGUGAAGCGGUUGCGUGUGUGUGUUGCAGAUGCUGCAGCCGAUGUAGACAGAGCUCAGAAAGAUCUGCGCAGACUCACACACCAGCUGCAGGACGAGAAAACACAACACACACACACACAAACCCAGAUGAACACACUCCAACAACAACACCAGAGAGACUCACAGGAGAAGUUGUCAUUCCUGCACGUGUUGUAUCAGCGUCUGGUCGCUGGAUGUGUGCUGGUGACACCGGCACACAGCAUGCUGGGUAGUUUCUCAUGGGGGGAGCUUAGUGCUAUGGUACAAGAGCAUGUGGACACGUUGACCUCUGACCUCACCGCAGCCAUUCAGAAGGUGUCGCGUUUGGAGAGUGUGUGUGAGGGACAAUCAGCAGCGCUGGAGAGAGUGAGUGAUCAAUUGAAACAACGAGAGGAGAUGUGGAGACGACAACGCCAAGAUCUCAACACACACCACACACACACCAUCAGCCAGCUACAGCACACAAUACAGGAUCUCAGAAGGCAGCUGGAGGUGGCUGAGGGGCGUGUCCUCUGUCUAGAGCGCAGUCAGUCUGAGCAGGAACAGGAAGUGAGGCGUCUUCAGGAGUCGUGUCUGUUAGCGGCAUGCGGUGUGUUGGCGGGUUGCAUGCGUGCUCUACGCAGACAUGUGUGUGUGCUGAUGUGGCAGAAAGCCAUGCUGCAGGAGCGAGUCUGUGAGGCCGAGAUUCUGCGGACGGAUGUCAACACACUGCUGCACGCGCUCACUGAUGCCGGGGUCAAAGGUCAGCCAGAAGCGAUAGGUCGGGCAGCACGCAGGUUCCGGCGAUGUGUGAUCGCAGUGCUGGCGGCUGGACGUCUCCGCGCGCUCGGGCGGAGCUCUUCUGUGCUGUUCCGUGUUGCCGUGGGUUACGGGAGGCAGCCGGAUGUGUGUGUGAGCGAUGUGAUGGUCAGAGAGGAAGAGGAAGAUGAAGACCACAGAGUGGUGAAGACACUCAACUCCUCUGAGCUGCUCGUCCUCAUACACACCUGCAUGGAGGGAAUCCACCAGGAGCUGAGAGGAACAGACUCUGUGAUGUCAGCAGUCGAGAGCAGAUGUAAGAAGUUGUUUGAACGGCUGCUGUCAGACGUGGACGCUCAGUGUUGGGAUAAUGGGAAGGCCUCGUUGGCACGGCGACUGGGUCUGGGACUUCACAAGCUCACAAGUGACCAACACGCUGUACACGGCUACACUAACAGCAAGGUUCUGGUUGCAUCUCUACAGAAACACAUUCUGCAGUUCACGCAACGGCUGCAUUCAGCUGAGGUCGAGCGCCGGAACCUGCGACUGCAACUCUCACGCAUCUACCGCAAAGACACACACACUGCGUGUGUUCCUGUACAGCGCUUUGAGAGUGUAUGUAGUGAGCUCAGAAGUGCCCUGGAGAGGGAGCAGUGUGCUCAGCGUCUGCUGCACGAUCAGGCAACACAACUUCAGCGGCUGGACGUCAGCAUGCAGCGACACACAGGAGAACAACUGAUAAACAACCAGACGCUCGCACAUGCUGUGCAGAGUCUGUCAGAUACUAAACGUGAGCUGAAGAGAAAAGAUCAGUGUCUGAGAUCACUGGAGAAACAUUUCAACCAAUCACAGCAGGAGAAAAACCAACUACAGCAAACCGUCAAGAGUGCUGAGGAGGCACUGAGCACGGCUGCAAAGAAUAAAGAAUCUCUGAUGAGCUACAUCAGAUCUGUGGAGGACUAUUUGAAAGAGAUGAGAGAUGACAUCAUUCAGUGCAGGGGUCAUGUGACCCUCCUGCUGCCUGACCCUCCCAGCAUCAUUAGAAACCCACAGACUGACGCCUGUCAGAGUUUGGUGAGGUGUUUCCUGGAGCUCUUUCAGCUGAUGGUGUUGAAGAUCUCAUCUCAGGGUCAAGACUUGUCAUCACCACACAGCUGAAGAAUGACCUGCAGGACGUGAGACAAUCCUUCGUCGGUCUACCGUAUGUAAAUGAGCUCUGUGAUGAUUGGCUGUGUGUUUAAAUAUACACCAUGCGCUCAUGUGCUGUAAUAAUCACUGUUGUUCAUUUCAGUUUGUUUUGAAUAAAAGACAGAUUGUGUUUACAGUAUGUGUUGUUGAGUGAAUCUCGUGACAAUGAUGUAAGUUGAAGAACAGGUGGAUUGUGGGACAGAUCUACAUGUGCUUUAUUUAUAAAGAUUUAUUUCUCAUGUUUCUGUUUCAAACCCCACCGUCAACAAUAUUUAAAGCUCCGCCAUCAACAUUUCUACUUUACAUUUCUGUCAUGUAUCUGUACCUUUCCACACAAAAUAUUCCAGAGCUUAGCAUUACUGGAAAGUAGAUUUAGAAGAAAUGAAUAUACUGUAAAUAUCUAUUAGUAUCAGGUUUAUCAGGUCUCUGCGUAUGACAGUAAUUGCAGGUCUCAGUCAAAUGGAUUGAAAAUGAAAGUAAUUGACGUUUAUAUGAACAUUUAAAAACACAGAAAGGUGUGUGUGUAACAGUCAUUGAUGUUCAUGCAUUAACUCAUGUUAACAGAUGCAACUUUUGAUGUUAUUAAUGUAUUAAUAAAUGUUCAUGUUUAUAAAAACGACCUGGAUGUAAGUGUUGUGAGAAGUUGUGAGGAGAGAUCAGUGAGUUUAGUGUGUGCAGUGUCUGGAGAGAGAAAACGCUGAAGCAUCAGUUUGUCUGAUGUCACUUGUGUCUGAUCAUCUCCAGAGACGUGUCGCUGUGAGGAGGAUUAUGGGAUGGGAUAUUUGUCAUGUUUCUCAAUAGAGUUCAGAAUCUCUCAGCUUCGGACUCGUCCGUCUGAUUAAAUCCUGUUACAUCAUACAGCAGCUUAAUUUCUUUAUAAAACACUUUCAGGGUUUCUAAACCCAGUUACUGUCAGCAUGCUUCUGGAGUUCAGAGACACACAACACAUGAGAAAAACACAUCACGCUG